AUGGAGCCCGAGAUCCCGGCGGGCAGAAUCCGCCUGCUGCUGCCGCGGCUGCUGUUGGCGGCCAUGUUGGUUUCCAUGGCUACGUCGAAUGCACCUGUUGCAGGCGGGCUGGACCUAAACAGGACAGUGCAGUCUCCAUCACAUCAAGCAUCCUCCUCAUCAUCACCAUCGUCACCAUCUUCCUCAUCCAGUCAGUCCGGCCCAACUAAAGAAAGUGGCAGAGGUAACAAUGGGGCCGCAGGCUCAGCCGAGGACUCGGACUCGGACUCGGGUGCCCAGGGCAUCCAUCUUCUACUGAGACCCCCGGACCUGCUGUCUCCCAGCCACCCCCCUCCCCUGCCUCCCCACAGCCAGCCCACCCUCACCCCACCCCCACCCUGGGAGCACGCUCCCUCCCUGGAGGAGGCCUGGGGCUCCGGGGACUACCUGGAGACGCUUUCCUUCAUGGUGCCUGACGGAGAGGAGCUGGCCACAGCGCUUCCCAGCAACCCCUAUGACGACGUCAGUGACUGGGUGUCCUAUGACACCUCCUUCCCCUCCCGGCCCACCCUUUCCCUCUCCUCCCACCCCUUCCUUCUCUCACCCUCCUCCUCCACUCCAACCACCCCUCUGAGGGUGGGCCUAUACACUCAACCCGGCCAACUGGACGCAUUCCCUGUCUGGGACGAGGAGGACUACGACCUGGAGGACAUGUUGCCGCUGGAGCCCACCGAGAUGCUGCUGCCGGACAUGAACAGUCUGGAGUACUACACCAACCUGCUGGCCCGGGAGAGGGAGGAGCGGGAACGGCAGAGGGAGAGAGAGAGGGCAAGAGAAAGGGAGAAGGAGAGAAAAGGUGAAGUCACUGGUGGCCCAGGUCAGACCGGGGUCAACCAGACCACCUCCAAACCUGUCAUCACACUCACAGCGACCACCACCCACACUCAAACACAAAUCCACACACAUACACACUCGCUCGCUCAUCCUCCUUCACCAUCUCCGAGCUCAGGCCUAGGCCCUGGAAGAGAGCCCGAGCGGCCCCAGGAGGGCCCCACCCCUCCUCUUGCCCUCUCAACUGAUCUCUAUGGUAGGCAGGGGACCCCCGGCCCAUCUCCCGGGCCCACCUUAAAGGCGCCCUCCAUCCCCCUUGCCCCCCGGCCCAAAGACCACCCUCCUUCUCUGGGCAGAGACAUCCCACAUCCCCCCUCCAACUUCACCAGCAGAGACCCACCCCCUCGUGGGCAGCCUGCCCAACCAAAAAAGCCCAAGGUGCUCCCCGGGCCAGACUCGGCGAGUACCGGCACAGUGAAAACCCCACCUGUAACCACCACCACCAAAGCCACAACCCCCACCACUACCAGGGCUACAACCACGACGACGGCUGUUACCACAACAACUCAGAUCACAGCCAUCAGCUUGACCAGAGCCCCGCCAGUCACCACGCCAAGACAGACACCCCCCACCAGACAGCAUCCGUGUAACGUCACCAAGCCUGAAAUGACCCUGGUCAGAGUGGUCAGUUCCAAAGGCUCCCCUGGUGGUUUUAGUCAGGUCCGAGACAUUCUGAAGAAAGAGUUCAACCGCUCAAUAGAGAUUCAGUUUGUCAGAACGCCAUCUAGUUUAGGCUUCUGUGUUGUGGUGGGACCAAUGACCUUCACCGCCAUGUCUGUCAUCAAUGCCCUGCGUCAGCCGAUACGAGGGUCCGGCCCCAUUCCCACCGUCUCCCCUAUCUACGCUGUGCCCGACCUCAAGUUCCAGAUCCACUCCGUGCUGCAGUUUGUUCCCAGCCACGUGGAUGUGCGGAUGUGUAACUUCAGUGAGCGGGUGGAGAGAGGGCUGCUCAUGGCCUACAUGGAGACACGCAGACGCUCACACGAACCGGGUAACAUCACCGUGCAGCUGCUGAACAUCACCGCCGGCACGGCCAGGCCACAUGGCAAUCAGAAGGUUCCGGUGGACAUUAUUUUCGGAGUGCAAGAUGGGCAGAAUUACCUGCUGGGGUCAGAGGUCAGCGAACACCUGAGGAAACUCAGUGUGGUCGAGUUCAGCUUUUACCUGGGCUUUCCCACACUGCAAAUUGCCGAGCCUGUCCACUACCCUGAGCUGAACACCUCCCAUCAUCUACGCUCCACCUGGGUCCGCACAGUUCUGCUGGGCGUUCAGGAGCAGCUGGUGACGGAGCGGAGCUUCAGAGCACGUUUGGAGAGACGUCUGGCCCUCCUGUUGGAGGAGGGACUGGGGGAGAGCACCAAAAGGCGCUGGAAGAGAGCUACCGCUGUGGGCAACAACAGUUUACAGGUGGUGCGCAUGGCCAGGCUGUCGGGCGUGGAGCGUCCCCUGGAGGUGUUGUAUUUUGUAGAGGGUCCAGGUGGAGAACGUAUCCCCGCGGAGUCCACAGCUGCCACUCUUAAUCGCGUGGACCUUCAGAGAGCUGCCAUUGUACUGGGCCACCGAGUCCAGAGGCCACUAGCCCAGCCCGUGGAGACCUUGUUAGUGCCGCCCUCCGAAACCCAGAGCAGCAGCAUCUGGCUGAUUGUAGGCGUGGUGGUGCCCGUCCUGCUUGCAAUCUUCAUCAUUAUCAUCCUCUACUGGAAGCUGUGUGGCUCUGAGAAGCUGGAGUUCCAGCCAGAUGCCAUCAACACCAUCCAGCAAAGACAGAAGCUGCAGGCCCCCAGUGUGAAAGGCUUUGACUUUGCCAAGCUGCAUCUGGGUCAGCACAGUAAAGACAACAUCAUGGUCAUCCAGGAGCCAGGCCCCCUCCCCGCGCCAGUCAAAGAGGCCACGCCAUCCGACGGGGGGGACUUAAACACCCCCAAGUCGAAGGGCUCCUCCACUAAGGUGGCACGGUCCAGCCGACGCAGGGGCAGGCUCAGCCCAUCAGAUGGGGACUCAUUAGGCAGCGACCAAUCAAGUGGCAGAGAAUCCGCGGAAGAAAGCACCAGACCUGUGGCUACGCCCAGUGAGGGGAAGCAGCAUCGCAAGACACCCAAAAACGGUAACUUUGCGCCCUCCGGCAGCGGUCCAGACGAACUGCUUUCCUCUUCCUCCAUCUUUGACCACGUGGAUCGCCUGUCUCGUGGCUCAUCCGAUGGCAUGCGAAAGCAGGCCAACAAGGUCCAGCUUAUCGCAAUGCAGCCCCGGCCCAGCCCCCCGCCGCACCCGCAUUCCCAGCCGAGCCCCACGCUCACCGAGAGGGUCAACACUGAGGUGGCGCUUAGACACAAGUCAGAGAUUGAGCACCACAGGAACAAGCUGCGGCAGCGGGCUAAGAGGAGGGGCCAGUGCGAGUUCCCCUCCAUGGAUGACAUCUUGGAUGCGUUUGGGGACGGGCCGGUACAGGGAGAAACAGCGCAGCGCCUCUACAGCUCUGCCCACGACCACAUGGACUGCAUCCUGCAGACUGACAACGUCUCCCCCCCGACCCCCACCGACUCCAGAAAGAGAGGGAGGCGCUCUCCCUGCGGACGCCGCGGUCAACCAGGGAACGGGAGUCUGCCUGACACAGACAGACUGACGGACAGAGACCGUCUGCUCACCGAUCAGAAUGCAACCUACAGGAAAUAUCCAGGGCUCAACAACGUGGCAUACAUGUCGGACCCUGACCUGCCCCCAGAUCAUGGCAGCCCCUCGCCUAAUGAUGAGGUCUUUGACCCCGCUCCAGCCCCGCCCCCUUACAUGCCCCAGCAGCCCUCUAUCGAAGAGGCGAGGCAGCAGAUGCACUCGCUGCUGGACGACGCCUUUGCACUGGUAUCGCCCUCCUCCCAGUGCAGCGCCGGGAUGACGGGGAUCAGCCCCGCUUUUCCCAGCCCCUCCCCUCAGGUGCGACCCCCGGGGAGGCAGUGGGGCUCCUAUCCAGCAGCCCCCUCCCACAGCCCCUUCUCUGCAAGAUAUGCAGAGUUGGGAAUGUCCCCCACAUCAGUACAGGGUCUGCUGCAGAGGCAAGGCCUGGCUUCAGGAGGGUACAUUUCCAGCAGUGAGCAGCUGCAGGAGCACAUAUAUUCCAGUAGGGGGCAGUAUGAAGAACCUCCAUCCUCCUCCAGGCCACGCCCUGUAGGGGGCAGUACAGGUGCACAGCUUCACCACUUGACCCAGGUAGGUUUGUCCAGUCAGAUCGGCGCAUACCCCGGGGUGGGCCGCAGCGUCUCGGGCCCCACCGGCUCCAGCUGGAACCAUCAACACUCAGACCAGGACCUGUCCAGACCGGGCACCAGCAGAGAGAGUGUGCUGUCGUUUCCUGAGUUUUCCUCCUCCUCUGUUUUCCAGAUGCCCAGCUCCUCGAUGCGAGACCCCUCAGCACCCCCCCUCCUGCUGACCUCCACAACUCCAGAGUACCCCCAUGAGGACGCCUCGCCCGCCACCCACAGCUCGGCCUCACUUAUCAAGGCCAUCAGGGAGGAGCUGCGACGUCUGGCGCAGAAACAGGCUGCAGUGUCAAGUUACCCCUAA